GGCGGCUUCUUUCCUCUUUCGCUCCCCACACCCUUCUUUUGUCGCGCUGAUCCCCAGACGCCGGCGGCUACUGCGUUUGCGAUGCCCGCCGCCGCCGCCGCCGCCGCGCCGCCCAAUCCCAACGUUCUGCAGCUAGCCCCACGCCUCCGAGGCCUCGUCUCCUUCCCCUCCUCAUACUCCUCCUCAUCGCCGUUCUCCAACCGCCUCCGCCUCCGCCUCCCCCGCGCCGCCUCCAUGUCCGCCGAGGCGCGGGUGCCCGUGGCGCCGCCGGCCCACCCCACCUACGACCUCAAGGCCGUCAUCAACCUCGCCCUAUCCGAGGACGCCGGCGACCGAGGGGAUGUAUCUUGCUUGGCAACCAUACCUUCUGACGUGAAAGCUGAAGCCACCUUUAUUGCAAAGGAGGAUGGUGUUGUCGCUGGAAUAAGCCUAGCAGAUAUGAUAUUUAAGCAAGUUGAUCCAUCAUUGAAGGUUGAAUGGUUUGAAAGUGAUGGAAAUUAUGUCCAUAAGGGAUUGCAAUUUGGGAGAGUAUAUGGUUGUGCUCGCAACAUUAUUGUUGCUGAAAGAGUUGUGCUCAAUUUCAUGCAAAGAAUGAGUGGAAUUGCUACAAUGACAAAGGCCAUGGCCGACGCUGCUCAUCCAGCAUGCAUACUGGAAACAAGGAAAACAGCUCCAGGUUUACGCCUCGUUGACAAGUGGGCAGUACUAAUUGGUGGUGGAAAGAAUCACAGAAUUGGCUUAUUUGAUAUGGUUAUGAUAAAGGAUAAUCAUAUUUCUGUUGCUGGGGGCAUAACAAAUGCAAUGAAAUUUGUUGAUCGAUUCUUGGCGAAGGAAAAGCUUGCACUUCCUGUUGAGGUUGAGACAAGAACACUUCAGGAAGUAAAAGAUUUAUUGGAGUAUGCUGCUGAGAACAAUACCUCUUUAACUCGUAUAAUGUUGGAUAAUAUGGUUGUCCCUCUUGGUAACGGUGAUAUUGAUGUAUCAAUGCUCAAGGAUGCCGUGGAGUUGAUAAAUGGUAGAUUUGAGACUGAGGCAUCUGGAAAUGUGACUAUUGACACAGUGAAGAAAAUUGGAGAAACGGGGGUUACCUAUAUUUCAAGUGGAGCAUUAACACAUUCUGUAAAGGCACUUGAUAUAUCUCUUAAGAUAGACACUGAACUCGCUCUCCAAGUUGGAAGGCGCACAAAUCGCGCCUGACUCUACAGAACUAAUGUAACCUUGCAAGAUCUGCAGGGUGUUUCUGUGGCGUGGCUUGCCAGUCUAUCAAUCCAUGCCCUUCUCAUCAACUUGUAAGCGUUGAGUGUACAACAAAGAAUGUGUUUUCCCAUAUUUAUGGGAUAUAAACCAACACCACAUAAUACAGCAAAAUAAUAACAUUACCUUGUAGGCUUGCCUACCGUCCUAGCAUUUGUAUUUGGUAGAAAAAAAACUGCAGAUUGCGGCAAGUUAUCGAAUUUUACUCAGGUAUUAAUAAGACUUUUUGCACCAUGAAAAAUUAGCAAGCUGGACACUGUAAAUGGGAUGUGCGCGGCAUUGAACUUGCAGUUCUGCACUUGUGUUUGACCAAACAAACACUAUAAAAUGGUGAUGUUUGUGAUCUACAAAAGAAAAGGAAGUCUAACACAGCAGUGCAUUCUUUUUCAGAUUCCAUGUACUCGUAUUGAAUUCAUGUUCUCAAUUAUAGUA